CACAUCCCUCACAUACGAGCAACAGCUCUGCGGAGUUAACCCGAAGAGGACUCCACGGACCCUCAGAGACCACUUCACGAGCGGGUUUCCCCUCCUUUAAGCUCGGGGCGAGCAGCAGCACAGAGAUGCGCUCCUGGACAGAGGUUCUGUUUGGGUAAAGUGAGAUUUAAACAAAAAAAAAAAAAAUGAGACAGAGCAGCACCGCAUUCACCCUGAGUCUGGAGGAAUAACCCGGGAAGCGCUCGGUUCUGGUGGAGGAUUGUGGAGGUGGGAGAGGUGGGGGGGAAUGGGAGUCUUCAUCUGUGCCGAAGACAUGAGCAUGAUUGGAGGGGGAAGAAAAAGCUCGACUGUGGCGCUCCGUGUGUGAGUGUCCAUCCAUCUGGAGGGUCCAGUCAGCACACCUUUCUUCAUGUUGCAAAAGCCUAUUUUAUGACAAUGGAUUACUUGCUGUGGGUGUGCAGCCUCGUUGUGCCCGUGGUGCUGGCUGUAGAAGAAACCCUUAUGGACAGUCGGUGGGCAACUACAGAGCUGGCAUGGACCACGUUCCCAGAGAGUGGGUGGGAGGAAGUGAGCGGCUACGAUGACUCAAUGAGCCCGAUCAGGACCUACCAAGUGUGCAACGUCCGACAGCCCAACCAGAACAACUGGCUCAGGACGGACUUUAUCCCCCGCAAGGGCGUUUUGCGAGUCUAUGUGGAGCUCAAGUUCUCAGUCCGUGACUGUGCCAGCAUCCCCAACAUCCCUGGCUCCUGCAAAGAGACUUUUAAUCUGUUUUACUACGAAUCCGAGGGCGACGUAGCAACAGACACCAACCCACUGUGGAGGGAGAACCCCUAUGUGAAGGUGGACACCAUCGCCCCAGAUGAGAGUUUCUCUUUGCUGGAGGCGGGAAGGAUCAACACCAAAGUACGCAGCUUUGGACCGCUUUCCAAGGCAGGCUUCUACCUGGCGUUCCAGGACCUGGGCGCCUGCAUGUCUCUCAUCUCUGUCAGGGUUUUCUUUAAAAAGUGCUCCACGACUAUCGCCAACUUUGCCGUCUUUCCAGAGACCGCUACAGGGGCAGAAGCCACGUCCUUAGUGAUUGCCCCUGGCGCCUGUGUGACUAACGCCAUGGAGGUUUCCGUGCCUCUGAAGCUCUACUGCAACGGGGACGGCGAGUGGAUGGUUCCUGUAGGCUCGUGCACCUGCGUCGCAGGCUUUGAACCCUCUGCAGACGACACGCAGUGCCAGGCCUGCUUCCCUGGGACCUUCAAAUCCAAAUUCGGGGAGGGAUCCUUCCCCUGCCCGUCCAACAGUCGCACCAGUGCACGAGGAGCCAACAUUUGUCCCUGCCAGAGUGGCUUUUACCGGGCUGACAGUGACCCCCCUGACUCAGACUGCACCACCAUCCCCUCGGCGCCUCGCAACGUUAUCUCCAGCGUGAACGAGACCUCGCUGUCCUUGGAGUGGGAGGAGCCUGAAGACACCGGCGGGAGGAGCGACCUCGUCUAUAACGUGGUGUGUAAGAAAUGCCUGCAGGACCGGAGCCCCUGCACGCGCUGCGACGACAACGUUGACAUCGCUCCUCGCAGGCUGGGGCUGGGGCUGCGGCAGAGGAAGGUGGUGGUGAGGAACUUGCAGGCUCACACCCGCUACAGCUUCGAGGUACAGGCGGUCAACGGGGUUUCUGGGAAAAACCCCACCUCACCCAGCUACUCUACGGUCAACAUCACCACCAACCAAGCCGCACCUUCAGCUGUGCCCACCGUUCAUCUGAUGCGCUCCACCUCAGACACUCUCAGUCUGUCAUGGCUGCCGCCUGAGAAACCAAAUGGGGUCAUCCUCGAUUACGAAAUUAAAUACCAUGAGAGGGGCCAGGUGAUGUCCCACACAGUAACAGCCCAACACAGCUCAGCCAAGGUGGAAGGGCUGAGGGCUGCUACGCCCUACGUGGUGCAGGUCAGAGCUCGCACUGUUGCAGGAUACGGACGAUACAGCAACCCCAUGGAUUUCAGCACCAGCCUUCACAGUGACCCUCAGAAGUCGGUGCAGGACCAGCUGCCUCUCAUCGUCGGCUCGGCCUCUGCAGGUCUGGUGGUCAUUGUAGCCAUGGUGGUUAUUGCUGUUGUCUGCCUUAAGAAGCAGCGCAGCGGCUCAGAGCUGGAGUACACUGAGAAACUGCAGCAAUACAUUUCUCCAGGUGUCAAAGUGUACAUCGACCCUUUCACCUACGAAGACCCAAACGACGCUGUGCACGAGUUUGCCAAAGAGAUCGACAUCUCCUGCGUGAAAAUAGAAGAAGUCAUCGGUGCAGGCGAGUUUGGCGAGGUUUGCCGAGGACGUCUCAAACAGGCCAGCCGCAGAGAGAUGGUCGUGGCGAUCAAGACGCUGAAAGCCGGCUACACCGAGCGACAGAGGCGGGACUUCCUGGCUGAGGCCUCCAUCAUGGGCCAGUUCGACCACCCCAACGUGAUCCGGCUGGAGGGCGUCCUGACGAGGAGCUGCCCGGUCCUCAUCAUCACCGAGUUCAUGGAGAACGGAGCGCUGGAUUCUUUCCUCAGGCUGAACGACGGGCGCUUCACGAUGACACAGCUGGUCGGGAUGCUGCGUGGCAUCGCCUCGGGAAUGAAGUACCUGUCAGAUAUGAACUACGUCCACCGAGACCUCGCCGCCCGGAACAUUCUGGUCAACAGCAACUUGGUGUGCAAGGUCUCAGACUUCGGUUUGUCACGCUUCCUGGACGACACGUCUGCUGACCCCACUUACACCAGCUCCCUGGGAGGGAAAAUUCCCAUCCGGUGGACAGCGCCAGAAGCCAUCGCCUUCAGAAAGUUCACCUCCGCCAGCGAUGUGUGGAGCUACGGCAUCGUCAUGUGGGAGGUGGUGUCCUAUGGGGAGCGGCCAUAUUGGGACAUGAGCAACCAGGAUGUGAUGACGGCAGUGGAGCAGGACUACCGGCUGCCUCCGCCCAUGGACUGUCCAAUGGUGCUGCACCAGCUAAUGCUGGAGUGCUGGAUGAAGGAGAGAAACCUGAGGCCCAAGUUCUCCCGCAUCGUCAGCACCCUGGACAAGUUGCUCCGUAACGCUGCCAGUCUGAAGGUGGUGACCAGUUCCUACUCAGGGGAUUUGCUGCGGCUCGGGGGGACCCUGCCAGGACACAACAGGAAGAGUCCGGACAGCAGUCAGGAAAUCGUUCGGCAACAGAUGAGCCAAACUCUCCCCAUCCGUGUAUGAGCCGAGGAUACAGAGCGGAAAAAAAACUACCUGAAAAACUCUGACGCCAAGAGCCUGAUGUAACAUAAAAAGAAGAUUAAAGAUGGAGGAGACAGAACGAGGACCGUGUUGGAGAUUUCUUUUCCAACUGGAGAUUUAAUGUGCGUUUCAAAAGACUUUCCAUUGCAGUGUGUGUGUUCACUACUUGACACUUGUGGAUUUGUGACUAUUGACAUAAACCAAACUUCCUAUUGCCCCUUCUCAGGUUGUGUUUGCAUGUCUGCAUGUGUUUUCUGCUGGUUGGGAAUCAGUCUUUCCCCCCUCCCCG